AUAUUUGUAUUCCUGAUAAGUCAGUUCACAUCUUGGUUCGCUGGAAGAUACAACUCUGUACUGUGCUCACCCGUGAUGUUUUGUGACAUCUUCGUUUAUUAUUUUUAACUUGAACAGACAAUACUCAGUCUAAUCCUCAAAUGCUUCGUCCUACGCCCAGUUCGACUCUAUUGGGCCGUGCGCUGAGGCGAUCUUUCAGCAGUGCUGCCAAUAAUGGACCCGUUGUAACCGAAAUGGACCCCAAGACGGGAUACGCCACAGUUACCCUGAACCGAGCCCCUGUCAACGCUAUGAAUCUGGAACUGAUGAGGGCGAUCCAGCGUACCAUUGAUGAUUUGGAACGUGACAAGGCACGAGGCAUGAUAUUGACAUCGAAGUUUUCAAACAAGGUGUUUUGCGCCGGGCUAGAACUCACGGAAAUGGUCAACCCCAACCCAGAACAGUUUAGGGUCUUUUGGACCAGUUUGCAGGACACGUGGAUGAAACUGUAUGGAACAUCAUUUCCGACGGUUGCAGUUAUUAACGGGCAUGCACCCGCCGGUGGAUGUAUGAUAUCUUUAGCUUGCGAGUAUCGUGUGAUGCAGCCCAACUUCAGCAUUGGGCUUAAUGAAACUGUCUUGGGUCUCCCGGUUCCGAGGUGGUUGCAAACUACAAUGUCGAAAGUUAUUGGAGAACGCAUGUCGGAGAUUGCUUGUACUACUGGCAAACUGUAUAGCGCGGAACAAGCAUUGAAAAUGGGAAUGAUUGACGAGCUGGUGACGAACCAGGACGAAGGAGUUUUGAAGGCGGUAGCUUUUCUGGACUCUUUCAAGGAUAUGAUUCCUGUCGUAAGAGAUAAAACGAAACUCGAACUUAGAAAGUUGAACAUAGAGGAUUUCCAAAACUAUAGACAAGCAGAACUUGACUUUGUGACGAAUCAUGUAACGUCAUCAGAGUUUCAGAAUGUGCUAGUAGGAUAUCUGCAGUCGUUGAAAAUUAGAAAAUCAAAAUGAUUUGUUAUCUAUUUAACAAAUAUUUGAAGUGAUUGGAAAAUAUAUGUUUGGUCUUAAAA